AUGUUCAUGUUUCCAGAGCCGCCGCCGAUUGACUAUUACGUAACCGACGUUUCACAGUCCUAUUUGACGGAUGGAAUUUUUCACCAUGGAAAACCGUCCCCCACCCAUAAGUACGUGGCUAAACAGCUGAAACCGAUCAAAAGAACUCUAAGCGACCCAGUAGCGCCGAUACAAGAGCUGGACUCGCGUACUUUAAACCGAUGGAUUGAAAAGGAGAAGGGGGGCUACGUAGCCCCCUGCGGCCAAGACGACGGAUUGAUUUACCAAACGCUGAGCAUGAUGCCCCAGUGGAAACGUGAUCGACGCAACCCUGUGUUAUCCAUCUUCCCCCGUUCGCCGCAGUACGAGCUGGAUUAUAUUCGUAAGAUGCGCCUGAAGGACUUCCAAAAGCGUCGUGUCAUCGCCGUGGAAUGCCCUAGAAAAGAGGAAACGACCAAAAAGGAGGACGAAGAAUGCGGUCUCCUGAAACCGCCAUUCUGGUGGAAGGACAAAACCGCGAAACCACGAGGCUCGCCCGUAGGAAACAUCGACGAUUACAAGUUCGAGAAACUGAGAGAAUCCAGUGAACAGGAAGGGAAAAUCAGUGAAAGGCUUCGUUUGAAUCAUCCUAGGAAAUAUAUACCUGGCGCCAUACAUCGGAUGAAGAAUCCAGAGGACACCAGCAUGAAGGACACUUUGGAUCGAGCAGACGCCUUCGAGGUGGUUCUCAGGACCGAAGAAAAAGCCACGACAGACACUGGUCCAUCCGUUGACGAAUGCGUCUGUCCCGUGGGAAAACGUCCACGUCCGCCAUCGGUUCGUCGUGAUUUGAAACGGGAUCAGUGUGCGGGGGACGAUGAUAAAUCGAGGUUCGAUAAGGACAGACGAUGGCAACCAAUCUGCGAUGAGAUAGGUUUUUCAGGAACGGACCUAGAACGACAGGAGGAAUUACGGAAACUGACCAAACCGUUUCUGCACGAGUUGCACGCGUGGUACACGAAAAAUAAGCCAACGAGGCUCGCCUGAAAGUUCCGAAACACUGGAAAAGAGCGGGAAUUUCUGACGAAUCGAAAUUUCGUAGUGUUUAUUUUUGUUUGUCGCAGUGAAUAAUUCGACGCAAUAAAACGCGCCCCUUGUCGGUUGAUAUCGCUGGCGUUUAAUGUAUCACGUUGUAGAAUUAAUAAUGGCCCAUGCAGAUAUUAAAUUACGCCUUGUGUAUUUACGGCACGGUUGUGUUUCGUUUUUCGCAUGAUGCACGCGAAUUCCAGAGACGACUGCGGAGAACUCGUCGGUGGAAACUGCGUUUAGCGGCUGUCCGCGUUACCGAGUUUAUCUUCCGUUCGAUUCCACCAUAUUUUGUCAUUUUUUUCCAAAGUAUAACGCGUAUUCGUCGUUAGA